AUGAUAUUGGAAACCGAGAAUGUGGUGGCGGUACCGGGCAGCGCAGCCGUGCCCAAGGUCACUCCCCUCCCGCCCUCGUCACCGAUGUUCCAUCGACGUUGCGCCAAUGGCAUCAACACCAGCAGAGCUCAUUCUCUUAGACGGCACCAGCUGGCUGUCGUUAAGGGACCAUCAAGAAAAGCACGAGGAUUGAAAUGUCGAGCUCCAUCUUUAGCUGUACCGGGUGAAGAACUGUGCUUGGUCUGCGGUGACAAAGCUUCCGGCUAUCACUACAAUGCUUUAACAUGUGAAGGAUGCAAAGGAUUUUUUCGACGUUCAAUUACUCGUCAGGCGAUUUAUUAUUGCAAGUUCGGUCAAACCUGUGACAUCGACAUGUACAUGAGGAGGAAAUGUCAGCAUUGCCGUCUUGAGAAAUGCAUGAGGAUUGGGAUGCGAUCAGAACUGGUGAUUCCCGAAGAGCAGUGUCGAAUGAAGCGGGAGGCGAAACUGCGGCAAAGAUCGACCCCACGUGAUGGAUCAGAACUACCAUCACCCCUGUCUGUCGAAAUUACGACGCAAGUCGUAACCGACCCAGUGGAACAUGACAUUUCGUCCGAAACUCGUGAACUCAUUUCCAGGCUAACGUCGACUUCUUACAAAAUUUCGUUGGUCAGGGAUGAAGCAGUAAUGGCGCUCACGUUGCACCACUCUGCCUGCUCUUCCGCCUUUCAGCAGCUAGCCGAGCUGACAAUCCUCGAAGCCCAAUACGUGCAUGAAUUCGUAAGGCAAUUACCCGGCUUUUCCAGACUUCAAGAUGAAGACCGCAGAAUUCUGCAAAAGCAUUCAAAAACUGAGAUUCUUUUGCUCCGUACGGCUAGAAGAUACGAUGCAGUUGAACGAUGCCUAUUUCUUGGUAACGAUCGGCAUUCUUUCAGAUAUGACCGGCAACGUUACUGUGAAGCUGGAAUGGCUUCCUACGCAGAAUUCGUGUUCGAACUAGCGAAGAAAGUAACUGAUCUAUCACCGGAUCCCACGGAGAUGCAUCUUCUGGAGGCGAUCAUUGCUUUUUCAGGUGAAAAUAUAAUGGGCUAA